AUGUAUAACAAUGCUGGCAAGUUCAUGGACCUGUAUGUGCAGCAGAAAUGCUCUGCCAGCAACCACAUCAUCAGUGCCAAGGACCACAGGUCCAUCCAGACGAACAUAGCCAAGACUGACAAGGUGACAGGUAAGUUCAAUGUGUUUGAAACCUUUGCUAUCUGUGGGGCCAUUUGCAGGAUGGGUGAGUCAGAUGACUCCAUCCUCUGA